GUCAACCGAGAAAAACAUGUCGCUGUCUUCAUAAUACACGGGAUUUCUUAUUUUCUUUUCAUCGCAUACCGUUUUUAAAAUGGCACCAGUGUCUUGUGUGUUACGGACUUGUGGGAUAUUAUUAUAUUUAAUAUUUCAAGUGAAUGCAGCGGAAAGUUUCACUGUGGAACCAUGGAUAGUAUCUUUAAAAGUGGAGGCGAAAUCAUGUAUAGAUGUUAGGUGUAAAUACUUGUUAUUAGUGAACGGCAGUGAGUUUUUAGGCCAUUAUUCUUGGAAACUAACAUCUUCAGACGGUGUUAGGGGUAGUAGUUGUGAUAAUAUAUAUUCGGAUUACGAGUUAAGUGAGGUAGAAACUGCGCAGUUGUAUACGCGAGUUCGACUCGCAGUGCCGAAUUUCGUUGAUAAAAUCUACUUUUGUUUACGGCAUAGUGAAAAGAAACAUACUCCAGUUGGUGGAACGUGGGUUCAUCAAGGAGGUGAUUUAUUUUUGCAGCCAAAAACCGAUGCGUGGGAAGCUGUGAACGGGGACAAAAAAUUAGAAACAGAUAUCCAACAACAGCUCCGAACACACAACGAUCUCCAAGAAGCCAGUACAGAUUGGACCGAUUUAUCUCACGACACUGAUGUCAAUUAUCUACCCAAUAUCCCCAGACCAACUAGAGAAGAAAAAAACGAUAUAGAAGUCUAUUUAAAUAAUAAUUAUGUACCACUUAGUCAUAUUAGCGAUUUAAAUAACGCAGAACUAUUAAAUUAUAAUGAAAUACAGAAAAUAGAAACGUUGGAUCGAAAGAGAAGAGAAAUUUCCUGGGAAUUUAUUGUUAAAAAGUGGAAAAAUAAAAUAGGAGAUAGUAAGAUUAACAUAAACAAUGUACAAGGUAAUAAUUAUGGCACUAAUAGAAAUAAAGCUCAAGACAUUGAAUUUGUAACGUUUGAUCGAAAGAAACGGGAAAUAAUAAAAGAUUCAAAAGAUAGCAAAGACGCCAAUGAUAAUGAUCAACUGGGUGAUGUGUCAGAAAGUAAUGUUAAUAAUUUUAUCUCCAAAAAUGUAUUAGGUAGUGCACACAUAGAUAAAAUUCUAGAUAGAGAAAAACGUGAAAUACUAAAAGACAUAAAACCUGCAGAUGGUAAAGAUAUAAAAGAUAGCGAGAAAUUAAGUGAUGCUAUACAAAAAGAUGAUAAGAAUGAUAGAAAAGUCAUAGUACCAAAUGCACAACUAAGCGAUGUAGGGGAUCUUGGUGAUUUUACCAUAGUACGAAAUGGGGGAGUUCCAGUUUUAAUAGAUGGCUUGAGGAUCGAGGAUUCGGAUAAGGAACCUAAGAUAAUUGAAGAUGGUAUUCCGAGCGUUUUAGCUGAUUCCAAUGUGGUACUCAGGUUGUUCGGUGAAGGGCUGACACCCAGGACAGUGAUCGCGUUCACCCACGACACGAUGGCCUACGGGCAGCCCUGCAAGUUUCUACUCAAAGGAGAAUAUGUCGCGAAGGAAGGAUCUGUGACAGCAACAUCGGCGCUUUUCGAAAUAACAGCACCGACACCAUUAAUAGAUUCCAAACUGUUCAUAUGCGCAAAGAACCUGAGGCCGGGAGUUGAAGAACCCGAGAACGACCAGGACAAAUAUUUGCACCAGGGCACUGAACAUUGGAAGAUGUUCGCCACGCAUACCAAGCUAUUGCCUUUGUGGGUGUCGCUGACAUUAAUUUUGACUUGCCUGACUUUCUCCGCGUUGUUCUCCGGUUUGAAUUUGGGUUUAAUGUCGCUGGACAGAACUGAGUUGAAGAUCAUUUCCAACACCGGGACAGAGCAGGAGAGGAGUUAUGCGCGUGCCAUCAUGCCUGUACGAGAUCACGGGAACUACUUGCUCUGCAGUAUUCUAUUAGGAAAUGUGGCUGUGAACUCCACGUUCACGAUAUUGCUGGAUGAGUUAACAUCUGGAUUGUUCGCUGUGAUAUUUUCGACUCUAGCGAUCGUGCUCCUGGGCGAGAUUACGCCUCAGGCGAUUUGCUCGCGCUACGGACUGAUGGUGGGGGCGAAGAGUAUAAUGAUCACCAAGGCAGUCAUGGCGGUGACCGCACCCCUCGCGUUUCCGGUCAGCAAACUGUUGGACUACUUCCUAGGGGAGGAAAUCGGCAGCGUUUACAAUAGGGAACGACUCAAGGAACUGGUCAAGUAUAUUGGUCAACAGUUAACCACAGAUGUGAACGACCUCGACAAAGAUGAGGUGAACAUAAUAUCUGGGGCGUUGGAGUUGCGGAAGAAGAGUGUGUCCGACGUGAUGACCAAACUGGAGGAUGUGUUCAUGCUGCCCAUAACUUCGGUGCUGGACUUCGAGACCAUGUCAGAGAUCGUGAAAUCUGGCUACUCCCGUAUCCCGGUGUACGAGGGCACCCGCACCAACAUAGUGACGGUGCUGUUCAUCAAGGAUUUGGCCUUCGUGGACCCAGACGACAACACCCCCCUCCGCACCCUCUGCCAGUACUACCAGAACCCGUGCAACUUCGUGUUCGAGGACGUCACUCUUGAUGUCAUGUUCAAGCAGUUCAAAGAAGGUCACAAGGGGCAUAUGGCGUUCGUGCACCGUAUCAACAACGAAGGAGAAGGCGACCCAUUCUACGAGACCAUCGGCCUGGUCACCCUCGAGGACGUCAUUGAAGAAAUGAUACAGGCGGAGAUCAUCGACGAGACGGACGUGUUCAUGGACAACCGGUCGAAACGUCGUCGCAACCGACCGCAGCACAAGUUGCAAGAUUUCGCGGCGUUCGCCGAACGUCACGAGAAUCAGCGCAUACACAUCUCGCCGCAACUCACGCUCGCCACAUUCCAGUUCCUCAGCACCAGCGUGGACGCGUUCAAGCCGGACACUGUCUCGGAGACUGUCCUGCGACGGCUGCUCAGACAAGACGUGAUCCAGUACAUCAAGCUGAAAGGCAAGACCAAGAGAGAGCCCAGCACGUACGUGUUCCAGCAGGGGAAACCGGUGGACUACUUCGUGCUCAUCCUGGAAGGGCGCGUGGAAGUGACGGUGGGCCGCGAGAACCUGGUCUUCGAAGCCGGACCCUUCACGUACUUUGGAUCUCAGGCGCUCACACAAAAUGUCGGAGUCGCGGAGUCCCCCACUCCAUCGGCGAUGGGCUCCCUCCAGAAUAUUAACAUGGAGGCGAUGCUGCGACACACCUUCGUGCCGGACUACUCCGUGAGGGCCAUCACCGAUGUCUACUACCUCACUGUUAAAAGGUCCCUGUACUUGGCGGCUAAAAGGGCGACACUGAUGGAAAAGGGCGCCUUAUCGAAGGGCGCUACCAACGAGCAAUUCGACACCGAGGUCGAUAAGCUGCUGGAAUCUGUUGACGAAGACAUUAGCAUCAGCGGUGAACACAAGACUCCUUCGAGACAGGUGUCACCGAACCCACCAGUGUCCGCGUCUCCGUUGACGCGCGCAUCGUUCGCCUCGCGUAUGUCGCCGGAACGCAACGGAGACGUUUUCGCCGCGCGAGCCGACGAACAGGAGAAACUGCUUAAACAUUAACCGCAGAUCGCGCGAUCACGCUUGACCGGUCUGAAGUUGGCUCCGUGAGAGAUUCGCGUACGUAAAAACAAAAUUAAGGGAGUAAAAUAAUAAAAAUCGUCCAUCCAUCCGGGCCAGUAUUACUGUUUAAGCGUUAAAAAAAAAGUCGAAUGACACGUUAAAAAAAACAGUUAAUAUUGGAAUUAUUUUUUAUAAAAACUGAUAAAAGAAAAUAUGGAGUAAAAUAAUCAAAAGGUAAAAUAAACAAUAGUUUCGUGAAUCGCGUGACGGCAUAAGAGAGCGUCAUACCGUUCCACGUGACGGCACACGGGUUAGUAUUGCUUUUUGCGGAUGUACCACGUUAUAAAAAGUCGGCUGACACGUGACGCCAAGCAGUGUUAUAAAAUGUUGAUAAAAACAAAUAAAGUAAAAUAAUAACAAAGAAUUAAAAGUUUCGUUAAUCGCAUGACGGCAUUAAAAAGCGUCAUGCCCUUUUCCGAGACGGGAUACGGGUCGAUCUUAGUGCAAACACUCGUUUACAAUUUUGUGAACUCCUACAAAAUAACAAGGUUGUUUGGAAAAAGUAUUCAUGAUUAAAUUAACAACUCUAACAAAGUGUAAUGACUUGAUAUUACAUUACGCGUGUAAAUAUAUGUCUGAAUUAUUGAUUCAAUAUUUCAAUGCUUUUUCUGUUGCCCUAGUAGUCCGUCCGUAUUCGACCUAAAAGUGUAAACACGUCUGGUGUUUUGGUUGUCACCGCGUACUUUCUAUAACAUUUUGACAACCCUAACUAAUUUUGAUGACAUGAUUAUUCACUAGUAUAUAUCUUUUUCUGUUGCCCAAGUGAUCCGUGACAGCAUUCGAACUAAAAAUGUAAACAACGCUGAGCUGUUGGUUGUCACUGCGUAAUUUUUAUAAUGAUUUUGUAUAAACCCGUGUGUUAUGGUUGUCAAGUGGUACUUUUAUCGUAAUAAUACUGUAAUACGUAGACGUAUAUCCCCCUUUCCAUAUCUCCAGUCACUGGCGACUAACUUCACACCGGCCAACUAAGAUCGCGCGUACUUAUACCAUACCAAUCUGUAUUUGCCCCAGUUUCAUUAUCAAAAGAAUCAUCACACUCAUUAUUAUGGUAAAAAUAUUGAUUUCCAUUGGCCGAUACCCCGUAUUGAAUCGACCAAUGAAACUGCGUCCUUAAACUAGUCAACCAAUGGCCGCCCUUCGCCUUUUAACACGCGGCUCCCGUAUUUCUGCGUCCUCUAGGACUGCGGUGAAUAUUCGUUACCUGUAAACGAGGGAAGCGUGCGAAAUUAAUAUUACAAUUAUUACGUGCUGUAAUAUAGUUUUUAUAAUUUUCUGUUUAAAUAGUAAUUUAUUUGCAGCAUGCCUUAUGUACUUAAAAGAAAGCUUAGGUUGGCCGCAUACUGAUACUACUAGCCGAUUGAUUCGAUUUCUUGUUCGCUGCAACUGCAAGGCCAGUGUUUAUAUAAUCCUUCGAUAAUAUACUAGACGUGAUGUCAAAAAGUGCCCGCAAAAAAUAAGUUUUAUGAGAAAACCUUUCACUCAGGAAUUGGUGUCACCAAAUCCAAUGUUCGAUUUGAUUUAAAAUUUGUUUCUUUGACGGCCGAUUGGUGCAGU